UGUCCGAGUUGUCGCCGGCGACGAAACGUCAAGCGGUGUUCGGUUGAAAAUUGAAAUAAAUCUUGCUCUCUGCUGCACCGCGAGACCGUUAAUUGUUAUGAGACGCGAAUAAGGAGUGCGCGUUACCGUUCUCGAGCGAAUAGAACUCGCGAUCGAGCGUGUUAACCAGUAACUGUUCGCGAAUGUUUACAUGGUAAACAUCAGUGUGUAGAAAACAGAGGACCCUUUACAGAGAGUCGCCGAUUGUGCAACGUUCACACGUGAGUUUCCAUACGAUCGCAAAUCGAUACGGUUGUUCGUCUGUCACCGGCCGUGCUGUCCGCUUGCUGUUCGAACUCGGUGAAAAAAAUGAGAACUACAUCGUUGCUCGCUCUCGUUGUCUGUCUGCUGUACUAUGUCACUGGUUCCCGUGCUGUUCCAGCAAGAACAACCGGCCAGGUUCUCCUCGGUGAGGUGGACAUCGCGGUUCAGGAAGACAAUUUCAACGAAUUUACAACCGAGGAACUGUUUAUAAAAAAAUGCGUCGUCGAGGGAAACACGUACUCCCACAGCCAGACGAUACCAUCCUACGACCCGAACUCUCAUUGUCUCUGCGUCGCCGGUGAAGUAUAUUGUUGGUGGCAGAAUUACAAUCCGAGCACCGAUCCCUCCGCAGGCCCCUCCUACCUCCCAUCGACGACGAUAGAAAGUAAUUACACACCGUCGCUGGAGGAGAGCACGGAUCCUGUCGACGGUUUGGAAGCUUCCGGUGAUCCAGCGGAGGAACCUUCCGUAGAGCAACAGGGAUACGUCGAAAUUAACGCGACGUACUCGACUACUUCGCAGCCGGCUACGUGUCUCGUGAUGGGAAGAGAAUACCGGGAGGGGGAGGUGCUGCCGCACUCGACCGGAAACUGCAUCGAGUGCAGCUGCGGAUCCGAGGGUCGUGUCGAAUGCUCGCCACGGGACUGCGUGGCUCUUCGACCCGAGAUACCAGUUGCACCGGAUAUCCCGGACUCACCGGACGGGGAUUUUGAAGUGUUCAAUUUCGACCGAGGAAUCGACGAGAGCUUCUAAGGAAUCCGAUAAUAACGAUCGGCGCCUGUUCGACGGCAUUCCUCGGACAUGUUUCACGCUCGACUUGGCUUUGGC